GAGGCCCCUUGUAAAAUGAAAAGCACCUUGCCCUGCUCCAGACGCCUGCCUGUGGAGAGGUUCAGUGCCAAAGUGAAAGGCUUCCUAAAAGUGGGCUGAUCCAGGGAGGGGGACAAUUUAGGAGCUAUUGAGAAACCAGGAAGGACAAACAGUGUUAGGUCAUUGCUUCUGCAAACACAGCCAGGGCUGUUCCUCUAUAAAAAGGAGAGAAAACAGUUCCAGAGCCAUCACAGACCCGGAGGGGACGGUCUGUGACCAAGGCUGCUGCUCCCCCUCCUCGGCACCCGACCCCCUGCUCCACCAUGAAACUCUUCCUCUCCACUCUGCUGUCCUUUGGGAUAGUGGCUCUGUGUUUUGCUGCUCCCCCCAAGACAAGUGUUAGAUGGUGCACAAUAUCCUCAGCAGAAGAGAACAAAUGCAUUACUCUAAAGGACCUCAUGCAACAGGAGAAUGUUGCACUGAACUGUGUGAAGAAACCCUCAUACCUGGACUGCAUAAAAGCCAUUUCGAAUGAUGAAGCAGAUGCCAUUAGCUUGGAUGGUGGCCAAGUUUUUGAAGCAGGCCUUGCCCCCUACAAGCUGAAGCCCAUUGCUGCUGAGGUCUACAAACAAAAUGGAGGCUCCACAACUGGCUACUACGCCGUGGCUGUGGUGAAGAAAGGAACAGGCUUCACCAUAAACGACCUGCAGGGCAAGACCUCCUGCCACACAGGGCUGGGCAGGUCUGCUGGCUGGAACAUCCCCAUUGGCACACUCCUCCACAGGAAAGAUAUCAAGUGGGAUGGCAAAGACUCAGCCUCCAUUGAGCAAGCGGUGGCAAACUUCUUCUCUGCCAGCUGUGUGCCUGGUGCCACCUCUGAUCAGAAACUGUGUCGCCAGUGCAAGGGCGACUCCAAAACCAAAUGCUCCCGCACAGGACCUUAUUCUGGAUACUCUGGAGCUUUCCACUGUCUGAGAGAUGGAAAAGGAGACGUGGCUUUUGUGAAACACACAACUGUGGAAGAAAACGCCCCAGAUGAGAAGGAUGCGUAUGAGCUUCUGUGUCUGGAUGGCACUCGUCAGCCUGUGGACAACUACAAAGCUUGCCACUGGGCCAGGGUGCCUGCUCAUGCUGUCGUGGCUCGAGAUGAUAGCAAGGUUGAUGACAUCUGGAGUCUUCUCUCAAAAGCACAGGAAAGGUUUGGCGUGGGCACCACCAGCACCUUCCACCUCUUUGGGCCACCUGGUAAGAAGGACCCAGCUCUCAAAGACCUGCUUUUCAAAGACUCUGCUGUAGAGCUGAAACGUAUCCCACCACUGAUGGAUUCCCAGCUCUACCUGGGCUAUGAGUACUACAGUGCCAUCCAGAGCCUUCAGAAAGACCAGCUGAACUCCAACCGCAGAGAAAACAAGACACGGUGGUGUGCAGUGGGCAAGAGUGAGAAGAGCAAGUGUGACCUCUGGAGCGUGAUGAGCAACGGGGAGGUGGAGUGCACUGUGGCAGACAACACCAACGACUGCAUUAUUAAGAUAAUG